AUGGGUGCGAUUAACGAGGAGAGUCUCGACCAACUCAAUCUGGUACUUCAUCUCACAAAGCACAUUCAUGUUCGAUCCUCAUCCAAGAGCAACCCAGAUUUGUCCAAGGACUCAGCUGACCUUGCCGCUCACUUCCCACCUUUACUGUGGGUUCUAAGGGACUUCAACCUGAAGCUAGUCAACGAAACGGGGCAACCAAUAUCACCUAAAGAGUAUCUCGAGCAUGCUCUGAGGCCAGUAGCAGGUCGUAGUGAAGGGAUCGAACAGAAGAAUAAAAUACGUGAUUGCAUCAAGGCUAUGUUCAGGGAUAGGAGCUGUUCAGUGAUGGUUAGGCCAGUGGAAAAUGAGGCGGACUUGAGGAACAUCCAGAAGCUGCCGUAUCAAGCAUUGAGGCCUCAAUUCCAGCAGCAGGUUGAUGCAUUCGUUCAGAAGGUGUACUCAUCGUUGAAGCCUAAGAUGAUAGGAGGGACAACCCUCAACGGAUCGAUGCUCGCCACACUUGCUCAGGAGUAA